AUGGGGCAACAGCAAUCGAAAGGGGAAUUGCUGUUUCAGCAAGUGAGCUAUGGCAACGCCGAAGGGAUUCGAGCUCUUCGUCGAGAUGGUGCUGACCUCGAGUGGAUGGAUAGAGAAGGCAAAACUCCAUUGAUCUUAGCUUGCAUGAACUCGGAGCUAUAUGAUGUUGCCAAAACUCUGAUCGAAUUGGGCGCUAACGUUAAUGCUUAUCGUCCUGCUCGUCAUGCUGGGACACCUCUGCACCAUGCUGCAAAGAGAGGUCUUGAGAACACUGUAAAGUUACUUCUUUCUCACGGUGCAAAUCCACUUGUUCUCAAUGAUGAUUGUCAGACACCACUUGAGGUCGCUAGAGCCAAAGGUUUCAGCAAUGUCGUGCGUGCCAUUGAGAGUCACAUCUGCUUGUUCUCUGGUUGGAUGCGUGAGUUUUACGGCCCUACCUUCCUUGAUCUAUUUGCUCCUCAGCUUCUUUCAAGAAGAGUAUGGGUGGUUGUUGUACCAACCGGUUCAAGAAACCCUACAAAGCCUUUCAAGUUAGAGCUCGUUGUGUAUCCAAGUCUUCAGGAUGCACAGCCACGAACAGUCAUGCCCUUGUGGAGAGCAAACUUGGAGGAACCAAAAGGAAAGCAAGCUGAUACUUCAGUGAUGAUCGUUGAUAACUCCACAAUCCCAAGCCGCAGGAGGCCGAGACGAAGGGCCUGCGCCUCUCACGGGAGUCGUAGGCCUCAAGUAGUUAGGCAGGCACGUCUUAAACUCGCACCCUCCGUUGAAGGCGAUGCACAACAGCUCAAGUGGUUCUGUGAUGCAUGUAAAGGAAUUCCACAGCCGAUGCACCCGCCGGUCUUUCUCCAAACCGCACCAUCUGCGCCGCCACUUCACUCUGUUACGAGCGACGCACCAAACACCAAUCACCAUUCCAUCAGUGAAGCAAGUUCCUCAGCCGGUCCUGCUCCUCCUUCAGGGAAAGCAAGCGCCUCCUCGGGUUCCAAUAGCCAUGAGAGUGUUAUUGUCCAAGAGCCUUCACCAUCAGCUCCUCCAUUGACAGAUGAUGAUGAUACAGCAACCGUGGAGGACGGUCCGAUUCACUACCCAUCAAUCGAUGCAACACCGGUGGAGGUUCCGUCGCCUUCUUCUCUUCCGGCUUCAACAGAUGGUGAGAGGAAAGAAGACGGUAGCUCUGGACAGUGUGCGAUAUGUCUUGACGCUCCUUCUGAAGCGGUUUGUGUCCCGUGUGGACAUGUCGCUGGGUGCAUGUCUUGCUUAACCGAGAUCAAAUCCAAGAAAUGGGGAUGUCCGGUUUGUCGUGCCAAGAUCGAUCAGAUCAUUAAGCUGUACCGUGUCUGA